AUGUCCACAUCAAUUCAGUCUGGUGACCUCUUCAAUGUCAAAGGCCUGAUAGCCUUUGUUACUGGUGGUGCGACUGGAAUUGGCCUCCUGAUCGCCCAGGCACUGGAAGCGAAUGGAGCAAUUGUAUACAUAUUCGGACGCCGACAAGAGUCUCUGGAUCAAGCCGUCAAAACUGCUAAAAACGGCAAUAUCCACGCUAUCCAAGGCGACGUGACGAACAAGGCAGAUCUUGAGAGGGCUGCCAAACAGAUCCAGUCUGCCCACGGUUAUAUCAACAUCGUGUUUGCUAAUGCCGGCAUCGGAGGCCCAUCACUGGCUGGGCUGAAGCCCGACGCCAGCAUUGAAGAGUUACAGAAGCAUUUGUGGAAUUGGGGGGCGGACGAUUUUACUCAUACUUUUGCUGUCAAUGCCACCGGCGCCUUUAACACCGUAGCCGCCUUCCUGCAACUGCUGGACCAGGGCAACAAGCAAGGCAAUGUAUCACAAAAAAGCCAGGUUGUUGUCACAAGCAGCAUUGGCGCGUUCAACCGCAGACCGGGUCUAGGUUACUCAUACAGCGCCUCCAAAGCCGCCGUUACCCACAUCUUCAAGCAGCUGGCUACCACACUGGUUCCAUAUGAUAUCCGGGCUAACAUCAUCGCACCUGGCUUUUAUCCGAGCGAACUGACGGCCAAGACACUUGAGGAGCGUGAGAAGACCGGUUGGUCUAAGAGCGAGGUCCCAGCUGAACGCGCUGGAGAUGCCCAAGAUAUUGCAGGGUCUGUGUUGUAUCUCGCCAGCCGAGCGGGCUCUUAUGUGAAUGGUAAUGUCCUGGUAACAGACGGUGGGCGACUGGGUGUAUUCCCUGCUACUUAUUAG